AUGACAGGACCGUCUACAGGAAGGGAUGCUACUGCUGGUACUACAGCAAAGAAGAAAAGGAAGCCCAGGGAGACUGUGGUCCCUCCACAAAUGAGCACCCGUUCCAAGUCAAAACAAAAGACCCAAAUCAACCAGUCUCCCGGUGCCACUCUUGUUGACUGGUAUAAAAUGAGGAAUGCACAUCAGCCUGAUGCCGAAAAAUUUGUCAGCAAGCUCAAGUCCAAAUAUUUCACAAUAGAGGGAAAUGAUUCUUAUCUAAAUUGGCAAGUUUUUGGAGGUUUUGCUGGGGCAUGCUUCAAUGCCCCGCCGUCCAACGUAUGCUUCUUGAAUGGAUUGCUAGAUCAAGGGCCCAACAAAAUCGGACCAGCAGCGAAUGGAUUGCUAGAUGAAGAGCAAAAAAAAAUCAGUCCAGUAGAGAAAGGUGCACCUGCCGCCACAAUAAUGCGUGAAGACGGGGCACCCUUAGAUUAUUGGAAGCCAUCCUCUCCAACAAGAAGGAGAAGAGACAUUGAUAAUGGUGAGCAAAGUUGGGCGCAGCAGUUGAGAAUGAAGAGGGAGUUGCAACCUUUCAUGGCAGGGAAAGAGUCUGAAGAGGUGGGAGAAAACUUUAAUGAAUUUCUGACAGGUCUUGACAAAAUGUUACAACCCAAAGCACACAAAGAAUCAAAGAAGCAGUUCAAAGCUCGAACUGAAAAGGCUCGAACCUCCUACCAAAAGAAACUGAAGGAACACUAUGGUGAUGUAGACCACAAUGCAUCCGAAUUGUUAAAGAAAUACAACAUCGAGGAGCCAAAUGCACACAAGUCCAAACCAGGCGAAAUUUGGAAGAUUCGGUAUGAGCCACGCAACGCAGAGAAAUCUUUACCUACCUUUACAAUAUUCCUGGGAUCUCAAAAAAAGAACAAGAGUUCCAUCUCUAACGUAACAGUUGGUUAUGUCAAAUACUAUCUUGGCAGUGGAUUUGUAGACAGAUGCAUUGCUUAUGGAGAAAGGUGUUCGGAAAGGGGACUCAAUCAACCGGCAUUCUUUGUGCCACUUGGAGACAGCAACACUGAUGUCGCACCUGACCAUUGCCUUGUACAAUUUAAAGACAAUGGGGACCGGUUGAAGACUCUUCCAUAUGUGCAAGGAGCAAACGAUUGCUGCCUUGGUUUUUCUUUUGCCAAUGCUCUGCACCACUUGAAUUUUCAAACAGAGGGCUAUGGCCUAUAUCAGCAAUCACACGAUUUGAGUGGCUUUGAUGCAAUCACUCAAUUGAAAUGGCUCUCACAUUGGGUGCGGCGCUCUGUUAGAGGUGUGAAUCCAUCAUCUGUUCAGAAGUGCAAGGACAAUUGUGAUGGGAUGGUUGGGGUUGCCAACUGUAUCAAAUUCUUACAACAACAGGAGCUAGUUGUGUUUGUUCCGAAAGCGAAGGAUGGGACCAACACUCAUGCAGUGACAUUCUUCAAUGGAUUGAUAUUUGAUUCCACCCAGAAGUAUGCCAUGAAACUAUCUCCGGAUGCAUUAGACUUUAUAGCCGGAACUUGUGGCUUUGCAGGCAUUUGGCGUUCCCGUCUUUUCACCUUUACCAACGAGCUAAAAAAAGGUCAACUAAAGAUCGAUGGGUAA